ACCAAAAAUGGGCCUGAGCCCCUCCAAGCGCGUGGACGCGGCGCUCCGGCGAGCGCCGGCGUUCGCCGACGCCUGCGACGCCGCCUUCGACGCCGCCUUCGACCGCUGCCUGGCCGACGCCCAGCGCGCCUUCUCCGGCGUCCGCCCCUACCAGCUCGCCGACGCGUCCGAGCACCUCCACUCGGCGCUCCGGGUCUCCCUCCCGCUCGUCCGCCGCUGGGUGCCCUCGCCUCCGCCGCGCGUCAGCGUCGACUCCGCGCUGCGCGACGCCGGGCUGGAAGACGCCGGGGAGCUCUCGCGGGUUCAGUUCGGCGAAUUCAUCGUCGGGCUGUUCAGGGAGGCCGUGCUGUCCGGCGCGGCCGAGGCAGCGCUCGUCCGCGGCCCGGCCGGCGCCGCGGGGAUUGUCGGGGUGGGCCUCGUGUCCCGCGCUGGCGCCGGGGCGGUCGGGAAGCUGGUCGCGAUCUACGCCGCCGGCGUCGCCACUGCCGUUUACCUCAGCUUGGGCUAGACGACUCUGUUAAAUUGUAAAAAAUCUGCUGAA